CAACAACGGCGGUACCUUUCCACUUGUGGAGCGGGUUUUUGUAAUUUUUUGGUUGGAUGUGUUCGUAUUAAGUUGGUAGAACAGCAGGCGUUCCGUCAGGAUUGGUUGUCUGGUCACCCGUUAAACGCUUUGGCCGAUCUUGUGUUUCCGAAUGGAAAAUUGUGAGUCAGAUGGCCAAAGUGAAACUAAGACCACUCGAGUCAGAUACACUCGCGCAGAAAUUUUGGAAGUCAAGAAGAACCCUAUUUCUUCAGCAGAAUUCGCGAAUGAAUUCUCCCGCAUAAAUGCAUCAUUAUUACGUUCAACUCGCGGGAGGUCAAGACUGAAUUCUCUCUCAAAAUCUCAGGCUGGUGAGAAACCACGAGACACGUCUAACAUAGUUCUUGGUCCUCAAAAACGGACCUGGAAUACAGGCUGUCAUGUUUCUCAACAAACUCCAGGGCGCGAAGCAACGGAUACGAGCGCAUCUGCUCGUUGGCCUAAGUUUGCUGUUGAACACCGCACUUCAGACAAGCAUCAUCCUAAAGCAGUUGGUGACUACAAAAGAGAUUACCGGUGUAGUGAUAGUCGUGGUUCUGGAUAUUCCAGUCGGGGUCGUGGCUCUGCUAGACAACCUGAAGGGGUAUCUUACGUAAGAAAUCAUAACAAAGAGGACCGAUUUGGUCGUGAAUAUCGGACAUCCAAUUCUCAUAGUGAAGACGAGCCUGAAUGGUUUUCAGAGGGUCCCACUACAGUCAAUGAAACAAUUGAGCUUGGAGGUAUUCUAGAGGAAUCACUGGACUGCGAAAAUAACUUAGUUUCCAAAACUUCAGACAGAAUGGAUCAUCUACCAAAAGAAAUCGAUGGUGAUAAGCCAGGGAAAACAGAGGGCAUUGUUGCAGAUACACCGGACAGAGAAUCUCCAGGGUCCAAGCCGACGGUGUUCCCAGAACACACAAACAAAGUUUCUAGUGGUGGCGCAGAUCAUCAUGAAAAUGAAAACCGAGGUAGCCGAUUUAAACAUCUGUUCCAAAAGAAUGAGCAGUCGGAUGAAAAUGUGCGCCCUAGUAGCACUUAUCCGCAUAAUACGGCUCCACUGAAUAACAUCAAUGAACAGUUAUUGAAUUUGCUGAAAGUAAAACCCCCCGGUUUAUCCAAUAUUGAACAAAAUCUCGCUCUUCAAGCUGAGAAUAAACUCCGCUCCAUCCUCUUUGGAAAUUCCUCCAUCCCUUCGUCAAAUACUGAACAAACAAAAAACGACUUUAGUGAGUCAAAGCGUAAAGUAUACACUGUUGAAGAAAUCGAAGCCGAGAUGAGGUCGGGUAUAAGCAGACCAGUAGAUAAAACUGUCGGCUCGUUGCCCCAAAUCUCGGACCCUUUGCUGAUCAAUGAUCAAGCCAUUAAGUCUCGUGGUAACCCUAUUGGGUUUCCGAAGAACUUUAGUCAUACAUCUCAGCCAGAAUCUACCGCCAGUUGGGUACCUUUUCUGCGAUCAUUAGCAGGGAAACAGAAUCCACAGCCAGUCAGUUCUCAGCCUAUGGAUAUGCAUAGCUCUAUCUCACCUUUUGGACUUCUUCCAGGUUCCAUGGCUAAUGCUGUAUCAGCAAGCGCUCGUAUUAAUCAACUUCAGCAUCCGGAUAUACCUCUGAACUCAGCUUCUGACGUCAACUCAACUUCACAAGGUUUUCUUCAUCAGCUUCGGAAUGGUACAAGGGACCCAGCUGCUCAUUCUAGACCACAACUCCAUUCCCCAGUUUUAUAUCCUGGUAUGUCUAGGUUACAACCUCCAAACGCUUUUUCUUCAGCACCACCUGGAAGGCCAAUAGUUAAGGCUCAGCAAAAUGUGUUUUCUAGUCACAACUCAGGACGGGCUAAUAACCCUAUAUGCAGUAAUAACCAAAACUCUGUGUUCGUAAAUUCGUCUAUCCAACAAGAAACUAAUCGUCAAUCUGUCAAUAUGAAUUUGAGGCAGUAUUUAAACAAUAUUGAAGCAGACCUGUUGAAUAAUUCUCCAGCUUCUUUGUCCAGUCAUAGACAAAACUAUGGGAAUUCAUUUCCGCUUCACGCUCCCACUACAACACUAGCAUCCUCCAUUCCUUUUAAUCCUCACUUGCAGCAACAAGCUAAAGCCAACGAUUCUCCAGCGAAUAGUGGCAGUCUAAGUUUACUUUCUCGGCUAUGGGAAUUGGAAAAACUCAAGCAACCAUCUGGUGUUGACUCAAACUUCAGUGGCAUCAAAGCCAAGACCCUAGAGGAGAUUGAACAGUUGGAAUCCCCAAAAAACAACAUUCUUUCUUAAGUUGUUGAGAAAUUUAUGACCUCAGACUUGAUUCCCACAUUCGCUGUUGCGAACAUAUCCAUUCCUUUCUAGGUCUUAUAUGCUUUUCUAUUAUAAGACCUGUGUAAUUUUCGUAAUUACUUUUACAAUGUACAUAGUUUAAGUUUCUGUAUUAACCUAUAAGACUGAUGUCUCUGUGGGUUAUGCCAAUUUACAUGACUACCUUCUAAUACUACUGCUAUCGGGACUUUGACCCUUGUGAAUAGUCUUAAAUACUGGUCGCCCAGCAACAGAUAAUCCCUCUUUUCUUUCCGCCUUUGCACGUAAAGGCACGCACACACACUCUCUCUUUAUGCCUUAUUUCGUUGGGUGACCAUAGUUUAUGUAUGCAUUUCGUUUAACUGAUUUUGCGUUUCACUGUUUCUCUAAAAAUUUUUUUGAUUAAAAGAAAGUUUUUUUUGGAUGCUUCCAUGUUCUUAAUUAAUGCAUAUAUUUAUACCAGUUAACUCGACAUGGGAUUAAAAUCUGUAAAACAAAGUUCGUUCAAUUUUUACACAGGUUAAAGUUAAUCUUCAGCUGUUUACUAACCAUUUAGUGAUUGCCUAGAUUUGGUUAUUACUUAGUAGUGAAAACGUACACUUUUUUGUUUAUAUGAAUAUUUGUGUGAUACCACUUUGUCAUGUGUAUUUGCCAGUACUUAAACGAACCCCUAGAGACGGAGAGGUUACAAUAUUGAAAUAGCACUGGUUGUUCUUUUGAUGGAGGGUAGUUACCGCUGUCAACGAGAGUUUGUGAGAAAAAUCUAAAUAUUUGCUAGGACUUUCCUAGCAAACUUUGUUUGUAAUAAGAAAAGUCUUUCAAAGCCAG